GCUACGCUAGUGCAACAGCUGGCAGCGGUGGCAAUGUGACCAGCAAGUCCAUCCUAGACUGCAGCUGGCUUCCCUAUAACGGACCGCGCAAGCUGUAUUUGGACAACCUGAUGAAAGAGGCCGGGCUGGCCAGCGACGAUGAUGUCACGCUGAAUGUUACAAUCCUGACCACCGUGAGGCGCGCGGGAUACCUCUGGUCUUUCCCGACUGCCAGCGCCUUCUUCUGGCUACGCGAACGAACUCCAGCACCCCAG